GUCUACAGCCUUUCCUGUAAUAGAAGACAAUCGAUAAGCGCUAGGCGCUUACCGUGCUCAUACAUAAAACGUUGACGGAGGAAUGAGCAUCGUGCUUCCACCCACCGACUGUCCACGUUUGAAAUUCGACAUCGAGCCUCUCUCUACCAGGAUCAACAAGGAUCUGUCGUAAUGUCUACUCUUGAUCAGUAUGGUCGUUCCAGGAAUGCCACCUCCCACACCUAUCCUGACUACGGAACCAUAGAAGUUGGCCCAGGUUACUCCCAGGCGGCUAAUAACAGAGCACCCUACUACGCAAGUCAGAGCAUCGAGAUCCUCGGCAAGACCGUCGGAUUCCUGAUCAUCCUCCCAUUCACUCUUAUCUGUGUCGCCAUACUCGCCGGAAUCUUCAGCGCCACCAGCGCCGCCUGGAUCGUCACCGGCCACUGGUUCCUGCUUCACCUCAACACCGCCCCAAGCCCUUAUUCCGAAGCUAGCCUGUGGUCAACGUUCCUGGUUGGAUUCUGGGGAUCCAUGGCUACGUUUCUUCCGUUUUGCGUGGUAGACGCUUCGAUUCACGCCUGUUUUUGGUGUGCUUGGGGUGGAGCGGCCAUGGUUUGGGCUUUCCUCAACUUUGUAUUGGUCGGUUGCAAAGUCGGAUUGGAUUGCGUGGCUGGGGUGCCUCUUGUGGGGCACUACUUUGGUAUAGAGACACUCGGGCUCGAGUAUGUCGUACUUGCCGCGUAUACUGGAGAGACAGUCAUGCUCUUUGUGAUGGUGGGGAUACUUUGCAUGUCCGUCGCAAGCUAGAUGUUUAAUUGUACAGGCC